GUGGCCAUGCAAAUGAGGCCUCUAUGGCGGGUCUGGGGCCUGACUGGGGGCGUGGCCAUGCAAAUGAGGCCUCUAUGGCGGGUCUGGGCCCUGACUGGGGGCGGGGCCAUGCAAAUGAGGCCCCCACCCGCGGUUUCCGGGCCCUGCGAACAGGCCCGGCUCAUUUGCAUACGCCCGCCCCCCCUACAGGCGACUUCUCGGACACCGACCUGCAGGACAGGACCCCGGGCCGAGGCCGAGGCGACGGACCCCGCGGCGGCGGCAGCGGCGACGAGGAGCCGCAGCCGGAAGGCUCCCCGCAGGGCCUCGUCCCGGGCCUCGUGGCCGCCGCCGUGGCCGCCCUGGCCGGCGCCGUGUCCAGCUUCGUGGCCUACCAGAAGAAGAAGUUCUGCUUCCGGGAGGCGGGCCCCGCCCCCGUGUAGGGACGCCUCCUGACCGCCCGCGCCCGUGACGUCAGAGGAACUCCACCACCGACCCUGGGGUCACCGCGGACAUCCCCCGGCCCCGCCUCGGCCACGCCCACCCGCCGGGGUGACGUCGGAGUCGGCCCCGCCCCAUCCCCGGCCCCGCCCUCUGCCCUCGGCCCCACUUCCGGUCUGCGGGGUGUGGCGACUGGGCCCCGCCCCCUCGCUGUAAGCCCCAGGCGUCAGUCACGGCUUCGGGGGAGGGGCUUCCGCCCCCGCAAUGCCACUUCCGGUCCCGGAGUCCAGGCCCCGCCCCGCUUGCAAUCCUUAUUGCGCCCCAAGUGUCAAUCACGGCCUCGGGGGCGGAAGUUACAGCCCCAUAACGCCACUUCCGGUCCCAGGUCUGGGGCCAUAACACAGUAGCUGUCAAUCAUCCCCUCGGGGGCGGAACUUCCGGUCCCCUGAGUGGUGUAGAUUUCGCCCCAGGGUCAAUCAUCCCCUCGGGGGCGGUGCUUCCCUCCACGCAUGCCACUUCCGGUCCCGGAGUCCCCUUAACUCGCCCCAAGUGUCAAUCACCGCUUUGGGGCGGGACUUCCGCCAACAGAGCGCCACUUCCGGUCCCCCGUCUGGGGCCAUAAGACAGUAGCUGUCAAUCAUCCCCUCGGGGGCGGGACUUCCGCCCACACGGUGCCACUUCCGGUCCCCUCUGCUGAACAUACUACAGCCCAAGGGGUCAAUCACCGCCUCGGGGGUGGGGCUUCCCUCCCCGCAAUGCCACUUCCGGUCCGGGGGUUCCGGCCCCGCCCCGUUUCCGGCUCCCGAGUGUCGCUUCAGGCCCCCAGGGGGGAACUUCCGGUCCCAUAACGCCACUUCCGGUCGCCUGUGCCGUGGAGACUGCGUCCCGGGUGUCAAUCAACCCCUCGGGGGCGGAGCUUCCAUCGCAGCCAUGCCACUUCCGGUCCGGGAGUCCCGGCCCCGCCCCGUUUCCGGCUGCCUGGAGCCCGCUCGUGUCCGCGAAUGCCAAUCACGCCUCGGGGGCGGGACUUCCGGUGACAGGAAACGUAAUAAAACAGUGUUGGACUCUC